UAUUAGGCGUUAGUUUAGCAAAGCGUUCAAACAUUUGAUUGUUUUUUAGUUACAUUUAAUUUUUCACUAAUUUGUUUGUCUAUUUUCACAGAGUUUUUACUCAUUAAUUGGUUGAUUGAAUAUAAUUAAAGUGCCUUUUUUAGUGGCCUUUGUGUGGAUUAAUCGGUGAUUUUAAUUAUUAGAGAAAUAAGUUUUGUGUUUGAUUGUGAUCGCCGACAACAAAGUGACCAAAAAUGCCGAAAGCGGUGAACGUAAGGGUGACCACAAUGGACGCAGAGUUGGAGUUUGCAAUUCAACCCAACACUACUGGAAAACAACUGUUUGAUCAGGUUGUGAAGACAAUAGGUUUGCGUGAGAUCUGGUUUUUUGGGUUACAAUAUGUGGACUCUAAGGGAUACCCCACUUGGCUUAAGCUCAACAAAAAGGUUAUGAGUCAAGACGUGAAAAAGGAAAAUCCACUUCAAUUCAAAUUUCGAUCAAAAUUUUUUCCCGAAGACGUUGCCGAAGAGCUGAUCCAAGACAUAACUUUGAGACUAUUUUAUUUGCAAGUGAAGAACGGCAUAUUAUCUGAUGAGAUCUAUUGUCCGCCCGAAACGUCAGUAUUGUUGGCCUCAUAUGCCGUUGAGGCUAAAUAUGGUGAUUACAAUCCCGACACUCAUCAGAAGGAUUGUCUACAAAAUGAUCGACUUUUACCGCAACGAGUGGCAGAUCAGCAUAAGUUGAGUCGCGAACAAUGGGAGGAACGUAUCACCAACUGGUGGGCCGAACACAAAGGUAUGCCUCGAGAGGACGCUAUGAUGGAGUACUUGAAAAUAGCACAAGACUUGGAGAUGUAUGGCGUAAACUAUUUUGAGAUAAAGAACAAAAAGGGAACAGAUCUGUGGUUAGGAGUGGACGCUUUGGGUCUAAAUAUCUACGAAAAAGAGGAUAAAUUGACUCCGAAAAUAGGAUUCCCGUGGAGUGAGAUUCGGAACAUAUCUUUUAAUGAUAAGAGAUUUGUGAUAAAACCGAUCGACAAAAAGGCACCGGACUUUGUGUUUAUCGCUCCACGACUUCGUAUAAAUAAACGUAUUUUGGCGCUAUGUAUGGGUAAUCAUGAGCUGUAUAUGAGAAGACGUAAACCGGAUACCAUUGAAGUCCAACAAAUGAAGGCUCAGGCAAGAGAAGAGAAGAUUGCCAAACAACAGGAGAGAGAAAAAUUAAAGAAAGAAAUUGAAUUAAGAGAACAGGCAGAGAGAAAACAACAGGAAUAUGCAGACAGACUGAAACAAAUGCAAGAAGAGAUGGAAAAGAGACAGAAGGAGCUAUUGGAUGCACAGGAAACCAUUAGAAGAUUAGAGGAACAGUUGAAACUAUUGCAAUUGGCUAAGGAAGAGAUGGAAACUAAACAAAAAGAAUUGGAAGUUUUGAUGCUUAAACUGGAAGAGUCGAAGCAAAUGGAAGCGGCAGAGAAGGAAAAGUUGGAGGAAGACAUCAGACGCAAACAAGAAGAAGUUCAACGUAUUCAAGAAGAAGUGGAACAGAAGGAUGCGGAGACUCGACGUCUACAAGAAGAGGUAGAAGAGGCACGUCGUAUACAAGAAGAAGCGGCCGCAGCAUUGAUUGCAGCGUCGACUACACCACAACAUAUCCAUGUCUUGGAAAAUGAACACGAAGAGAAUGAUGACGAACUAAGCAAUGGAGAGAUAGGCGUCGCUUUUAAUGGUGACGGAGACGGUGACAGUGCUAUAGAUGUUCCGCGACCUGAAGAGGAACGGGAGACUGAAGUGUCAAAAAAGAAAGAUCUUCAGGAACAGCUAAAACAAUUACAACAAGACUUGGCACUGGCUAAGGAUGACAGCAAAGUUACGAAAAAUGAUGUCUUACAUCAAGAAAAUGUUAAACAAGGAAGAGAUAAAUACAAGACAUUACGCGAGAUUAGGAAAGGAAACACUAAACGACGUGUCGAUCAGUUCGAGAAUAUGUAAAUUUGAUGACAUUUAUGAAAAUAUUUGAAAAUUUGAAACUAUUUUGUUUUGCUUUUAUUUUAUCUCUUAAAACAAAAUACAUGACAUGUGUGUCUAGAAUUUCAACAAAAAUUUAGUUUUUUAAAAAUAUUUACUGUAAAACUAAGCAUAUAUUAUAACAU